AUGAGCUUCUUCAACAUGUUCACAUUCAUCAUCAAACUGGCCGGCCAAACUAGAGAAGGCGAGCCAGAAGUCGUGAGUUUUGAGCGAAGGCGCCGCAGGGCGCGCUGCGCACGCACCACCCUGCGCUCCGCCCGUUUGACCCCGCCGCCGCGCCGUAGGUCAGGCUGCACGCCGCCGGCUGCCAUGGCGAAUGUGUCCGAGCGGACGCUGCAGCUGUCUGUGCUGGUGGCCUUCGCGUCUGGAGUGCUCGUGGGCUGGCAGGCGAACCGGCUGCGGAGGCGCUACCUGGACUGGAGGAAGCGGAGGCUGCAGGACAAGCUGGCGGUGACUCAGAAGAAGCUGGACUUGGCCUGA